CACCCUCAACAUUUGUUUUUGUCAUUUGUCAGGCCACAAUUUUGCAAUCAAUUCUCGUAACAUAACAUUUCUUUCGCUCAAAUACAAAAUGCAGCGCCAAUUGCUAAACACCCUGGGACGCGGCACGCGUCAACUCAUCCAUGGACAGCAGAUGCGUCCGCUGUCAGUGUCGGCGCAGCGUCGGGAGAUCUUCAAAGUGCAGAGCGCCGAGGAUUUCGACAAAAAGGUGAAGAACAGCCAGACACCCGUGAUUGUGGACUUUUUCGCAACUUGGUGCAAUCCCUGCAAGCUGCUGACGCCGCGCAUUGAGAAUAUUGUGGGCGAAAAUGCAGGCUCGAUUAAAUUGGCCAAAGUUGACAUCGAUGAGCAUAGCGAGCUGGCCCUCGACUACGACGUGGGGGCCGUGCCCGUUCUUGUGGUCUUGCAGAACGGCAAGGAGAUCAAGCGCAUGGUUGGACUCCAGGACGAGGACAAGAUCCGCGCCUGGGUCGCUGCCGCUGUCAAGGAAUCCAAGAACUAGUCGAAGAAUAGAUGUCAACAUAAUGGAGCUAAGCUUUAAGUUACUUCAAAACUUCUUUGGACUUUCAAAAUAAAUGUUUAAUAGGCCGUUGCAACAAAUAUC